AUGUACACCAAACUCAGCAUCAUUGCGCUUUGCGCUGCUGCCUCCAUCCAAGAGGUCGCUGCUGGUCCGGCCAACCACCGCCACAUGCACAAGAGGGAAUACGUCUGGGCUGAGACCGUUACCGACGUCGUUACCGACUAUGUGACUGUCACCGUCGACGAAGGGAAGGAGUCAGCCACUGCUCAGGCAAUCCCUACGACUGCCGUGGUAGCCGAAUCCAACGGGAAGGGAGUGGAAGGGAACCACCCUCACCACUUCUCUGAUGUCACCACCUCUGAUGUCACCAGCUCCGCAGUAUCGUCUUCCUCAGUCACUGUUGAGGCAAGCACGCCUUCAACCACCACGACAGCUGCCGUACAGACGACCGCUGCGGAGACGAUUGCUGAGGAGCCCGUGGCCAGCCCGACUACCAUGCUCACCUCGGUCAAGCCCACUGUUGUGGCCCCUGUCGAGACUCCCGUCGCCAGCGACACAACUGAUAUCGCUACUUCCGUGGACAUUCCGGCCACCAGCGUCGAACUCCCCGCGACCACCAGCCUCGAACUUGCCGCUACCACCAGCCUCGAACUCCCCGCUACCACGUCCACGUCGAGCGCUGCUGCUGCCACUCCCACUGCUGCUUCGAGCAGCAGCUCAAGCACCGGCAAGCGUGGUGCUGCGUACAACAGUGCCUCUCUUGUUGAGGCCAUGGUCGGGCUGGGUAGCCAGAUCUCUUGGGCCUACAAUUGGGGCUCUUACAGCGAUGGCCUUGAGGAAAGCAUCACUUACUACCCUAUGCUUUGGUCUACGGCCUCAGACCACUCCUCAGACUGGGACGCGAACGCCGAGGCGGCCAUUUCUAAAGGCUCCGACUGUCUCUUGAGCUUCAACGAGCCAGACAACGCUGGCCAAGCCAACAUGUCUCCUGCCGACGCUGCUACCGGUCACAUCAACUUCAUGAACAAGUACGCGAGCAAGGCCAGAAUUUCGUCGCCUGCCAUCACUAGCAGUAACAAUGCGAACCAGGGCAUCGACUGGCUCAACCAAUUCUUCAAGGCCUGCGAUGGCAAAUGCCAAGUUGACUUCUGCACUGCGCACUGGUACGGCCCGGGUGGUACGGACGGUGCCGACACCUUCCUUCAGCAUGUCACGGAUGUUCACACUGCUUGCGAGGGCAAGCCCGUCUGGAUGACCGAGUUUGCUGCUGAGAGCGGCAGCACCGAUGACUUCAUGAGCAGAGUCGUCGAGAAACUCGAGAGCGAUGAGUACAACUUCGUGGAGAAGUACUCGUACUUCAUGGUGUCCACCGAUAGCCUCAUGUCCUCGGCCACCGAACUCAGCUCCUUCGGCAAGAUCUUUGCCGGCCUUUCGUAA